AUGGAAAAGGCUUGGGCUCUUCACCUACCUGAAGUCAAUCUCCAUGAUGCCAUACGGCGUCUGGAAUUGGGCAGCCACGACGUGCAUCCUCACUCGAGUCCUGUUUCGCUUGCCGAAGCCCCAGAAACACGAUAUGGGCCGGCAGGGAAUGAACCACUAAUAAAUGACCCUAGUCCAGCGGAAUGGAGCAACGCUGAAGAUUACGAGUUUGAUGAAUCGCAGGAUUUUGACAACACAACUGACGGGAUGGGCUCUCUUAUUACAGAGCCGGGAAAGGUCGGCUACACCGGCCCCCAGUCUGGGGUUGCCGCGCUGAAGUUUUUACAAACUCUGCAUCUGUAUAUUCCCGCCGAUCGGCAGACGCCUUUUCCGUUGGAUGACCUGGAUUCACGCAGUAUCUCCGAGCCGUCACCUGCAAGCGUUCUACAGCACAUAAACAAUUAUUUCAGGAUCUACCAUAGCUCUUACCCGAUUCUUCACGAAGGGACCUUCCGUGCCCGCCUUUCAGGAGCACUGGCCAAACCACGCGAUGGUUCAUGGCCACUCUUAUACAACAUUGUUAUCGCUAUUGGAUCCUUUGUAGGUGCAACUGAUGCCUCGGACAGUGAUGUCCCAUUUUAUAAGAAGGCCCGCCAAAGCUUGACCAUGGACAUCCUGGAGAAAGGAUCUCUCAGUUAUGUCCAGGGGCUUAUCCUCACCGCGGAUUACCUGCAGAAACGGAACAAGCCGAAUUCGGGCUUUGUUCUUAUCGGAAUCGGCUGGAGCAUGGCUCUGGCAAUCGGUCUCCAUCGCGAGUUCUCCUUACCGUCGUCAAGUCCAUUCACGAUGGAAAUCCGCAGAAGAGCAUGGUGGACCUUAUUUGUCUUCGUAUCUGGGGCACAACUGACGCUCGGAAGACCGCCUGCGUCGCUGGUCGGAGUCAACAUUCGGCCUCCCUCUAACCUCGAUGACCAGGACCUCGCUGUCGAUAUGGAAAGCCUUCCGGUUCCCAAGGACGGCCCCACUACAACAUCUUGUCUUGUGCAGCACGCCAGGUUGGCACGGAUCGCCAACAUGGUACAGGUUGAGCUUCUUGCUCACCAGAUACCAGGCCAUGACAGAGCCGUCACACUAGACCGGAGCAUUGCCCAAUGGCACAAGGACCUUCCCUCCUAUUUCGACGAAAACUCAAUACUGGAGGCAUGGUUUGAAAUCCCAAAGCGGAUCCUCAUAUGGCGGUCCUUUCACCUACGUAUCAUCCUCAACAGACCAAUCGUAUUUCGGAAAAUAAGGGAUAGGGAAAGUCUCAAUAGAUCAGUUGAGCCGAUCUCGACGUGCCUUGAUAUCGCUGAAAAGUGCGUCGAGUCUAUUUGA